CUCACAUACUUUGAGCGACAAAGGUGCUAUGUCGUCGAGUGUGACUGACAGUGACUACAGUGGAAGUGACUCGGGCUCGGACUAUGGCUCGGACUAUGGCUCGGAGGAGAGCAACGUGACGGAGACUGGGACGGCGACGACGACGGGGACAGGCGCUUCGUCGUCGACAGCAGAGUGCUCAUCGGAUGCGGCUGCGGCCAAGUUUGGCGUGUCAAAGGUGCUGACAAAGCUGCAGAACGCAAAGAAGUUCCGCAUCGUCUCACGGCGGCAGGACUUUCCCGACGACGACGACGGCGCAGGAGAUGGCGACAAGGGGAAGAAGAAGAAGAACAAGAAGAAGAAGAAGAAGGGCAGUAAGAAGAAGAGCAAAAAGGCCAAUGCCAAGCGUAAGCGCAAGGGGAAGCACGCAUCGUCGUCGUCUUCGUCGUCUGAUGCCUCCACGUCCGAGUCGUCGGUCGAGGGCAGCGGAGGCGACCCCGAACUCGCACGGAAAAACAAGAAGAUCGGCGUCUCUGUCCUCAUUUCGGCCACCGCCGAGGUAGACAAGGCGGCGAGCAAGGCUGGGCGGCAGAUUGUGGGCAACAUCCGGGCCGACUUUGCCGCCGCUGACUCGUCGGCGGAGCUGGACACGGUGCUGGACAUUGCGCCGGCCAAGGAGCAGGUCAAGGCCUUUGACCGAUACGUCCACAAGCUGGAGAAGAAGCGGCCGUUUCUGGCGCGUAACAACUUUCUCGUGAGGCGGCUGUACCACGGCACGUUUGCCAAGUGCACCAUCGGGUUCAACGGCAACACCGAGCUCUGCUCCAUGCCCGAGUGCAAGCUGUGCUCGAUUCUUCGCGAGGGCUUUGACCUCGACGCAGCGCCGUGCUGGGGCGCACGGGCUCGCGCGCAUCCGUCGCUCCUCACCACCAGCUCGGGAGGAUCUGCGCUGACGGUGACGCCCAAGCAAGCACCGCUCUCGCAGACCAUGGCCGCAGUGCUCGAGGGCGACGAGUCGGUGUCUGAGCUUGACGACAACGAAGACGACGACAACAACAACGCUGCAGGCACGGGUGCAGGAGACGACGACGACAGCUCGGACUCGCAUGUGACCAUCCGUCGGCGACUCGGCGCCGGGCUCUACUUUUCGCCAUCGCCGCUCGAGGCCGAGGAGUACGCGACGCUGAUGCCGAACCCGCUUGGGCGGCACGGGCGGCGGGUCCUGCUCGUGGCGCAGGUUGCGGUGGGCAACCCGUACGGGACGUACAUGUACACCGACGAGGAGAUCGACGACGGCGUGUACGACUCGCUCCAGGGCCUCGAGGUCGAUCUCGAGCAUCCGCGCGGGCAGUUUGCACGGAGCGAGUUCUGCGUUCGCGACGCAGCGGCGGCACUGGUCACGCAGGUUGUGGUGUACGCCUCGCGCGAGCGGUCGCUCUGCCCGCGGUGCGGCGUCGGUGUGUACUAUCCAGACCGUGCACAGCGGGUCAUCCGCUCCAAGUUUGCCACCUUUUGCUCCAAGCGGUGCGGUCGGCAGUACGCGGUGGCGCUCCGCGCCAUGCGCAAGCUCGUCGCGCGGACGCCGCGCAAGCCGGACAAGUGGAUGGCGUCGUUCUGGGAGGAGACCGACUCGGAGGAGCCGUGCGUCAUGGUCGACAUCUGGCCCGGCUCGGUUGAGUGGACCAUGAUCGAGAUCGAGUUCAAAAAGUCGAUGCCCGCGAUCAACAUCUCCAAGAUCUACCGGGUCCAAAACGAGCACCUCUACCACCGGUACAUCGAGGAGUUGCGCUCGGUCCGGAAGAAGACAAGCGGUAACGGGAACGAGAAGCUCCUCUUCCACGGAACGUCGUCGACCGAGCCAUCGCAGGUCUACACCUCGGAGGAGGGCUUUGACCUCCGCUACUCGGACUGGGGCAUGUGGGGCCGUGCCUCGUACUUUGCCGCCCGGGCCAACUACUCGCAUAGCUACGCGUACUACGAGCCCUCGGGCCAUCACACCAUGUUUGUGGCCAAGGUCAUUACCGGCGAAGCCGCUCAGAUGGACCCGAACUCAGGCAUCCAGCGCCCGCCGCUGCUCACCAAGGACUAUCCCGUCGUUCCGACUGACCAGUGGGGCAGCCCCGUGAAGCACGCCAAGGAGCUCAAGGCCAACGCCCGCAUCCACAAGGCCAAGGCCAGCGCCAAGCGCAAGGUCAAGGUCAAGCACGCCCGCUACGACACCGUCACCGGCUUUACCGGCGGCACCCGCGUGUACAUGGCCUACUCAUUUAAGGCCAUGCCCGCCUACCUCGUCACCUACACCGUCGACAACGGAUGGUGAGGUUUUGAUGUGUCGAGUCCCAUGUUGAGCCCCAUGGUGGGGCCCACCAUGGGCGCCCACUAUGAGCCUUGAUGCCAAGGUCAUCACCGAUUCGCGCCCCGCGCGCGGCGCGCCGCGCGGCGCUCACUGCCCCCCCCCCUCACACGCCGAUAAACACUGUUUGGCAGUAUCUC